AUGCGAGAGCAAGAUGCUCUACGCGAUGCUCUGCCAGAGCUUCGCGUGCAUGGCAAAAAGGAGGGCGCCUCUUUCCAGGUUAUAGUGCUGGGAUCCUCAGGCGGCCCACGCGAGGACAAUGUCACAGGCAUGCUUGUGCGCGCUCCUCAGACUGAAUGGAGUAAGAGUUCUAUGAUAGCGGUCGAUGCUGGAGCGCAUCUAGCCAGCAUUAUCCGCAUCCUGCAACGAGAGAUGCCUUCCUCGUCUGAGACUAUACCGCCGAAAGACUACGCCAGAAUACUAGAGACAGGCCCAUUCGCAGGCGUAAAGUUUCCCAACAUCUCUGCCAAAGCGAAUGCUCUUUAUCUCUUCCGUGAAAUCCUACACGCCUUUCUCAUCACACACCCGCACCUUGACCAUCUAUCAUCGCUAGCGAUAAACACCCCAGCGCUUGAGUUUGGCAGGGAGGCAAAGGCGAUUGUGGCUCUACCAUCCACAAUUGAAGCUAUCAAGAACCAUAUAUUCAAUGACUGGCUUUGGCCCAAUCUAUCGGACGAAGCUAAUGGCGUGGGAUUCGUCACGUAUCGCCGGCUGAUCGAGGGAGGCAACCUCCGACUAGGGUUGGGCGAGUCUCGAGGCUACGUCAAUGUUUGCGAUGGUCUGGCUACGAAAUGUUGGAGCUUGAGUCAUGGGAGAUGCCAGCGAAGAAGUCACAGCAUAUCCCAUCAACAUGGCGAUUCUCUACAAUGGGCCCAACCCGACUACAACUAUCAGUCCCGGAGACUAUCUCGAAUAUCUGAUGAUCACGGGUAUUUUGCAGCCGUCGCUCAACAACAAUCCCAAGGCGGGGGCGCAUAUCCAGCUGGGUCGGCACCACUGGCGGCGGCGGCUCCCAUGACUCCUGGCGGCGGCCCAGCAGCCCCAGGCUACAUGGAGGGAACUUAUAGGUUUGAGCCGGUCUCGAGCUCUGCCUUCUUCAUUCGCAAUGAUGCCACGGGUCACGAACUUCUCAUUUUCGGCGAUGUUGAGCCUGACUCGGUGAGUAUGGCCCCGCGGAACUACAUCAUCUGGGAAGACGCGGCGGGCAAGAUCGCGAACGGGACCCUUCAAGCCAUCUUCAUUGAGUGCUCCUACGACGACAGCGUCCGCAACGAAGACCUUUUCGGGCACCUGUGCCCGAGGCAUUUGAUCGCCGAACUGAGGUUCCUUGCCAACUGCGUCAUCAGCAAACGCAGACAAUCGGGUUCCGAAUCGGGUCAAGCGACAGCCGACCAAGCAGUCGACAGUCAAGAUGUCGAGAGAGAGCUGGGGUCUCCGCCGAUGACAGGCAGCAACAUGCGCAUGAAACAGCCACCGACGCCAUCCGAGCUGAGACGCAAACGCAAACGAGGACUCAACGGCGAGCUGACGGUGACGCCGGAGCUGGCGCCCACCCACUUCGACAGCGUGACAUCCCCCCAGGCCUUGAGUAGUGGCUACGUGGGCAAUAGGGCAAGCUCCGCGUCACGUCGGAAGCGGUCUCACGAGCGUGGAGAAUCUCACCAGGGGUCCUCUAUUGCGCACCCACCUACCCGGGCUCGCACCCGUUCUGUGCAGUUUCAAUCAGAUUCUGCCUCUAGCCCUCUGCUUGCGAGUGGGGGACCAGUCCCUUCUGGUGCAGCGAUGUCAGGAUAUCCCUAUUCAACUCCGAAUCCUCAAGCUCAGCUGCAGACACGUGAGAAGCUCGCGCAACCUCUGAAAGGUCUCACCGUCCACAUCAUCCACGUGAAAGAUACGUUGAUGGACGGGCCUGAUCCGGGCGACGUCAUUGUAGGCCAGCUACGUGCUUUGGAUGAGGAGGCCGGUUUGGGCGCGGAAUUCAAUGUUACCAGGUGUGGUGAUAGUAUUUGGGUCUGA